AUGAUUUCGUCGACAUUUUACAUAACUUUGGUGUUCGGUAUUGCGAUGCUGAUUUCAUGUGGCUACGGGCGAUUUACGACGGAACAAAUCGAUUAUUACGGAAAAGCGUGCAACGCCAGCGAAGAUGACCUCGUCGUAGUCAAAUCCUACAAGGUACCAUCUACAGAAACUGGAAAGUGUCUGAUGAAAUGCAUGAUCACCAAACUGGGACUGCUGAACGACGAUGGUUCGUACAACAAAACCGGCAUGGAAGCGGGGUUAAAGAAAUACUGGUCGGAAUGGUCUACGGAGAAGAUCGUGAAUAUAAACAACAAGUGUUAUGAAGAAGCUUUACUUGUGUCAAAGGAGGUAAUAGCGACGUGCAAUUACUCGUACACUGUGAUGGCAUGUUUGAACAAGCAGUUAGAUCUCGACAAGUCAACUUGA